AUGCUGAAAUUCAUUCGUGGGAAAGGCCAGCAGCCAACGGCGGAACGUCAAAAAUUGCAGAAGGAUCUUUUUGCGUUUAGAAAGGUAACUAAUAAUAAUCCUGGAUUUGGAAGACCUGGAGUCGAAUUUUAUGGACAACAUGCGACGGAGAGCGGAGAAAUUGCAGUCACUAAAAUUAUACCUCUGCCAAAUGAGGGCCGAGUGGUAUCUCUAUGCGAUGACAACUCAUUACAUCUGUGGGAAAUUAAUGAAAAUUCCCUUGUUGAAACCAAGUCACUAUCGCUGGAGGGUAAAUUAAAAAAAAUCUCCGCCAUGUGUCUUGAAUCAAGUGGCGAGCAUCUGUUACUCGGUACCGAAGGUGGAAAUAUUUAUCUACUUGACGUAAAAACAUUUACAAUGACAGACAAUAUAAUCUAUCAAGACGUAGUAAUGCAAAACGUUCCGGAAGAUUAUAAAAAAAAUCCCGGCGCAGUGGAAGCUAUCGCCGAGCAGCCAGGACACCCUGACAGCAUCUUGAUUGGUUACAAUCGAGGAUUGAUGGUUUUGUGGAACAAAGCCACUCCUGGAGCUCAGCAGACAUUCAUAUCAGCCCAGCAGUUGGAGUCAGUUCACUGGGUCUCUGAGAAUAAAUUUGUCUCUUCUCACAACGAUGGGUCUUACGCCUUUUGGAGUCCUGGAAGCGACAAUACCUCGGAACCAACAACUCUGUACGGUCCAUUCCCGUGUAAAGCUGUCUCGAAAAUUCUUGUCUACACCCUGUCAGACGAUGACGAAAUUAUUUUAUUCUCCGGUGGAAUGCCGCGUUCGAGUUACGGCGAUCGACACACUAUCACGGCGAUGACAAAAACCAAGCAUGUAGUCUUCGAUUUGACGUCCAAGGUGAUCGACUUUUUUGUCGUUACGCCCAAGGUUGAUGAAGACAGCAAAGAGUCAAAAUCUCCAGAAGCGCUGAUUAUCCUCGCAGAAGAGGAAAUUAUCGCAAUUGAUCUUACUGAUCCUGAUUGGAAAAUGAUGGCUUUGCCUUAUCUAGUUUCACUUCACGCCAGUGCGGUAACAUGCUCGCAACACGUGCCGAACGUCCCCUCAGACUUAUGGGAUUCAAUAAUAUCCUCCGGAAAAUCCCAAACAGAGCAUUUAUACUCCAACAAAGAGUGGCCAAUAGACGGUGGAAUUUUGCUGUGCAAAAAACCACUCGAAACUGACAAACCAAGCUUCCGCGAACUAUUGCUCACCGGUCACGAAGACGGAACGAUCCGAUUUUGGGAUGCUUCUGACGUCGCGCUAAGACCCCUAUACAAAUACAACUCAUCUUUAAUUUUCACUGGUGAGCAUCUGGACGUCCUCGAGCAGUCUCAAGAAGAUGAAGAAGACGAGUGGCCGCCUUUCCGAAAAGUCGGGACAUUUGACCCCUACUCAGACGACCCACGUUUGGCAGUAAAGAAAGUGAUGCUCUGUCCGCUUUCCUCAACCGUGGUAGUCGCGGGUACUGCGGGUCAUAUUAUCACCGCAAACAUAUCAUCGGAGGCGACAACGAAGGAGAUAAAAGCCGUGACGAUGAACAUUGUAAAUGAUCGCGACGGGUUCGUGUGGAAAGGACACGACCACUUGCCAGUGAGAACCGAGUCUGUUUUAUUUGGCGUAGGAUUUCAACCACAGAGCUUAGUCCAGCUGUACCCUCCGGCCCAAGUAACAGCACUUGCUAUCCACAGCGAGUGGGGAUUGAUUGCAGCAGGUACUGCUCAUGGAUUGGCAGUUUUUGAUUACCUAAGAAGAAAGCCUGUUAGUGUAAAAUGUACUUUAAAUCCAAAUGAUUUGUCCGGAUCUGGAGAUACUCCAAUUUCCAGAAGGAAGUCAUUUAAAAAAUCAUUGAGAGAGUCUUUUAGGAGACUGAGAAAAGGUCGCUCGCAGCGGCGACCAAAUACAAAUGCAAAUACAAGUCCCACGCGGAACACGAUAAUAACCGCGGAAAAAAAGAAAGAAGCACCCGUAGCAGCCUCCCCAAGCGGGGAUUUAUCUCCAGUGGAUAUAAAACCAGUCGAACGACAAGUAGAAGCCCGUCCAGUGGACGACGCUUUGGGUUCAAUGGUCCGUAGUGUUUAUUUUGCUCGCAGCUUUAUUAUCAGCAUGCAAAAUACAACACCAACUCUUUGGGCAGGCACCAACAACGGUACUGUCUACGUAUUCACGUUGGGUAUUCCUCCAAGCGCUAGGCGGAACGAAGACGACGUUAAUUGCACUCUUGGAAAAGAAAUACAAUUGAAGCAUCGCGCUCCCGUGAUUGCUAUAACGAUACUAGACGGGUCAAAUGUUCCACUGCCGGAACCAUUCGAGGUGGAAAAAGGCGUAACUACUGGACCGGACAUGACCGCUCCUCAUCGGGUUGUCAUUGCCAGCGAAGAGCAAUUCAAGAUAUUUAAUCUACCUUCGCUGAAGCCGUUUUGCAAGUACAAGCUUACGGCUCAUGAAGGUUCAAGAGUCCGCAAAACUGGUUUUGCCAAGUUCACGUGCCCUAUUGAACCCUCCGGGACUCACGAAGAGACCUGUCUUCUUUGUUUGACUAAUCUGGGGGAUUGUUUGGUGCUUGGGAUCCCGGAACUCAGGAGACAGAUCAAUGCUGCUGCGAUCAAGAGGGAGGAUAUCAAUGGCAUUUCUUCAUUGACUUUUACUAAAUCUGGAGAAGCGCUUUAUCUUCAUUCUAGUUCGGAGUUGCAGCGUAUUUCUGUGUCUGCUACUAAGAGUACUAGAGCACACUGUGCCUUAAAUUUACCACCCAAUGCAAGGUCAGUUCCUGAGCCUCCAACGCCUACUGAGGAAGUUCAAGAUGAAGUUGUUGUUGUUGAGGCUACGGCUGAGAAAGAAACUGAGGCGCAGGAUAAUGAGAGUACACCCGUGCCACGAAUUGUUGAAAAUGGCGUUGGAUCAACACAUAGCGGUGAAACGUCGAAAGACUCAACGUUGAGACCUGGAGUCAGCACCAACGAUGUUAAUGGUGAUGAUGACCGACAAGAUCGCAGUUCAAUUGGCGACAUUACUAUUGACAGUGUUAAGGAUCAUUUACUAAAUGCGACUUCUUCAGACGAUCUACAUAAUCGACUAGCUGGGUUAAAAAUGGAAGUCACGUCACGUACAUCAGAAAUAUCGACACAAAAUCAAUCGCUGGUUGUUAAAACAACUACUGUAAUUUCGCAGACUUCUAGCAAUGGAACUACCAAUGGUGACGUUGAAACGACAGAGACCAGUGAAUCCGAACAAGUGAACAGCACUUCAAUAGAACGAGAAAUACGCAGUGGUACUGAAACAACAACAACGCAUGCUACUAUUACACUUCCACCAAAUGUAGAGAUUAGUGCAGCCGAUCUCGCAAAUUUGGAAACUGUUCAAACCACUACAAUAACAACAGAAAAAUCUAAAACACCAGUGACAAGAUCCGAAGAAGUUAGAUCUUAA